AUGCUUUGGAGUGACCGAAUGGCCGCAUCCUUGCUUCUUAAGAGAGGUACCAGGACACCCGAACUUCGUCUAACUCUCAUGAGCUAUUGUGUCCUCCUGAUCCCGACCGGGAUCCUCUUGUAUGGCUGGACAGUAGAGAAGACCAUCUUCUGGCUGGUGCCGAUGACUGGCACUGCCCUUUUUGGAGUGGGCGUUAUGCUACUGUUUGCAUCAGGCACGUCCUACCUCAUAGAAGCCUUCCCAGUUCAUGCCAUCCCCGCCCUUGCUGCCUUGAUAAUGUUGAGUGGCAUUUUUGGUGCUUUCUUACCAAUCAUAGGACCUCCUAUGUAUUCUGCUUUGGGGCUGGGCUGGGGAAGUACUAUCAUGGCUGGAAUCGUUGUAGCCAUGGCGCCCAUACCUUGGCUCAUUAUGAAACAUGGGGAAGGGAUGAGGGUAAAAUAUUCACAUCAAGCUUGUUAG